CGCAUUUUGACUCGGCCAAUUUGCUCAAUUGGCCCAGAGGGAUUGAUUCACGGCUGGCUGACUGCCAAGAGGUCUUCCAAGUUGAACGUAUCGCAGCAAAGGGAAGCAUGAUCGCUGCGUGUGACCCUCGGAACUCCGAACCUUCCCCGCGCUGUGAAUUUGAGGAAAGAAGCCAGUGACUUACAACAAGAACGACAGUACCGAACGACGCCCAGAUUCCCCCCUAAGGAGUCUCAAAGACCACUCUAAACAUGGCUAGCACAUCAUUCACCAAUUCUGGGUACGAUGACAACAAGCGUCCCUUUUCCAUGAGCAGUCUGCGCGGGACUCCAUCCUCCCCCCACACCCCGCAACAUCACCUGCGAUCCAACAACUCCUCCUUCGCCAGCACCACGUCGAGCACUUCCUUCCGCGGCGAAGAAGAUGCCAUCAUCUUUGAGCUUGGCGCCCGCUGGCUUCGGGCUGGCUUUGAGGGUGAAAGCGCCCCGAUGUGUGUGAUAGGCUGCGGCCCCGAAGAAUGCCGCCGCGUGGGCGACUACCGCGGCUGGUUGAAGACGAACAACCCAGAUACCGACCCGGCACAGUCGCGCCCGCUUGUCAACCCGGAAGACUGGGCGAGCGCCUACGAGCUCUGGAAGAUGGACCUUCGGGGGGCCGACCUGGGCCUCGUGGAGGACAAGAUUGAGCGGGUGUUUCGAGAGACCUACAAUAAAUACCUGUUGACGGACGCGGGCACGUCGCGACUGGUGCUGGUUCUCCCCGCCAUCAUGCCGCAUCCGUUGCUGUCGGCCAUGCUGUCGACACUUUUCAGUCGGUGGCGGUUCCCGAGCAUCACGUUGUUGACUAGUGCUACGAUGGCGGCGACAGCGGCCGGGGUGCGCUCCGCCUUGGUGGUAGAUAUCGGCUGGGCGGAGACGGUGGUCACGGGGGUGUAUGAGUAUCGCGAGAUCGCAAUCAAGCGGAGCACACGGGCUAUGAAAGCCCUGCUGCAGGAGACGGGUCGAAUGCUCACAAGUAUCCCAACGGCGCGGCGAGGUGUUGUCUCGCAAUCUGCACCGGGCGACAGUGGAAUAUCGGUCCGCUUCGAGUUCUGCGAAGAAGUCGCCAGCAGAUUUCUAUGGUGCAGGCCCCGGGAGAGUCCCUCAUCAGCAGAUUUGCAGCAGCAGCAGCAGCAGCAGCAGCAGCAGGAACCACAACCCAACGACAGCGAAACCGAGCCCACCACACAACACCCCCCUCUCUCCUCCCUCUUGCAACGGACAGUGGAGAUCCCGUCCCCCUCGAACCCAGGAUCUACCUACAUCAACCUCCCCUUCUCCACCUUCAGCGAACCCGUCGAAACCGUCCUCUUUGCUGCUGGUACAGCAGACUGCGAGCUCGACGACGAAGAAAAGCCUCUCCCGCUCCUGAUCUAUAAUGCCCUACUUACCCUGCCGCCCGACGCCCGCGGAACCUGCAUGUCACGCAUCAUCUUCACCGGCGGCGGCGCCAACAUCCCCGGCAUCCGUCAACGAAUCCUGGCGGACGUUGCAGCCCUUGUCGCCGAACACGGCUGGUCGCCCGUCCGCGGCAAAGUCAUUCAACAACGACGCAAGCUCGCUAACCUCCGAAUCUCCCCUUCGUCUCAAGUCCAAGCCUCCUCUCAAAACCCGGCACCUCCUCUGACAACGGACCCCAGCGAGGAACACCACCCCGUCCCGUCGAACGAUACACCCACGGAGACGAAGUCCCCCGAACCAUCAACCCACCAACCAGAACCAAAGCCAGACUCAGCCGCAGACACCCCCAAGCAACAACAACAGCAGCAGCAGCAAAUCCCCGAAGACCCACCCAAAACCUCGGACGAAGAGGAUCUCGAAGACCCCAUCGAGCAGAAAAUCCGGCGGAACAAUCGCGACCGCGACCGCGACGCGCUCCCGCCGUCCGUACAGGGGGUGCUGCGCGAGGUCGAAUCGCUGGGCCCCUGGGCCGGGGCGAGCUUGACCACCAGCCUCAAGAUCCGGGGUCUGGUGGAGAUCGAGCGCGAGAAGUACCUCCAGCAUGGUCUUGCGGGGGCGACUCGCGACUUCGAGACCCACGGGCACCACGUCCCCGAUCGGCGGUCGGGGUUGAGGGCCGGAGGCGGCGGGGAUCGGUCGAGUUGGACGCUGGCGGGGUGGGGGUAGUAG